GUUGAAGACUUGACAUCUAGCGAUGUAGACGCAGAAUAUUCUCUCUCUCAUAAAACGCAUUAUCAGAGGUUGACUUUCCCACGGCGGAUACAUGGCGGCAGAGAAUGGGUUUCUUACUCAGUUCGUCGACGAGACAACGUUUUACAACCGGAUCGUCCUGAGUCACCUCUUGCCGGCGAAUCUAUGGGAGCCUUUACCACGUUUCCUUCAAACAUGGCUCCGGAGCUACCUCACCGGAAACUUAUUUUACUUCAUCUCCGCCUUCCUCUGGUGCUUCUACAUCUAUUACCUUAAACGCAAUGUUUACAUCCCCGAAGAUUCUAUUCCUACAAGAAAGGCAAUGAUUCAGCAAAUACAUGUGGCAGUGAAGGGUAUGCCUUGGUAUACACUUUUCCCAACUGUCUCUGAGUAUAUGAUCGAGCGUGGUUGGACCAAAUGUUACUCUACACUUGACCAAUUCAAUUGGUUCCUCUGUUUUGUUUACAUCGUGCUCUAUCUCGUUAUAGUUGAGUUUGGGAUGUAUUUGGUUCACAAAGGGCUUCAUGACAUUAAAUUUCUCUAUAAGCAUCUCCAUGCCACCCACCACAUGUACAACAAACAAAACACACUCUCUCCAUUUGCUGGGUUUGCGUCCCAUCCAUUGGAUGGGAUACUUCAGGCUGCACCACAUGUGAUAGCUCUGUUCAUAGUGCCGGUUCAUCUCAUAACGCAUAUGAGUCUUUUGUUUUUGGGAGGGAUAUGGACAACGUGCAUCCAUGAUUGCAUCCAUGGUAAUAUCUGGCCUAUAAUGGGUGCAGGGUACCAUACAAUACACCAUACUACAUACAAGCAUAACUAUGGUCAAUAUACCAUUUGUAUGGAUUGGAUGUUCGGCACCCUUAAGGUUCCUGUAGCCGAAGAUAACGGCUUAGAUCAGAAAGCUAAGUGUGAUUAAUGUUCAAAGUUCACUUGUGGGUGUCAGUCUCUUUCAAUGAUAUUAUAUAUUUUCAAGAUGAUAUUUCAAGAUUUGGAUCUUUUGAUUCAAAAUCUGAAUGAUUUGGGGUCUAUGUGCCUUUUACCUAUCUUAAAUUCUUAGAUUUUGUGUAGUGAUUU